AUAAUACACGAAGUGCUACAGCCCAGGUCUUCCAAUCCUUGUCUGGACACUGGAUGUUCUCACUUGUGCCUUCUGAGCCCGAGAUCCAAAGGAAGCUGUCGUUGCCCAAUUGGACUCCUGCUUGCAGACGAUGGCGUCAGCUGUGUUCCACUCAAGGAGUCUGCAUUCCUGUUCCUUGUGUUGCCCACAGUUAUCAUGCAGAUUUAUCUGAAAAAUCUAGAAGCUUCACAAGGACAAGCAACUUUACCAGAACAUAGGAUUCUUCCCUUUACCAGCAUGAACCAGCUUGCAUCAAUGGACUACCUCGUCCAGGAGAGGGCUCUGUACCUUUCAGAGUUGAAUAAGGGUGUUAUCUGGCUCCUGAGGCUCAGAGACUCUGGGAAGCUUUCUUGGAGGAAAAUCAUAUCCACAGAAGGGUCAGUGAUUGACCUUGCCGUGGACUGGUUGAGUGGAAACAUCUACUGGAUUGAUAGUAUGAAUCCUCACAUCAAUGUUGCUUCCUCCAAAGGCCAGCACACCACAGUCUUGCUCAGCCAGCGUCUUUACCGUCCAACUUCUACUGUGCUCCACCCGCCGACGGCAGUCAUGUGCUUUGUGGACCUGGGUUCCCUGGAUGACAGUAAGCGUGGCUCCAGCAUUGAAUGUGCCUCCAUGGAUGGCAGCAAGAGGAAGGUGCUAUGGCAGAAAUCCCAGGUCCCUGUGGGCCUGACCUUUUCAGAUGCAGGGACCCGAGUGUACUGGGCUGAUCCUGGGAGAGGACUCAUAGAAAGUAUUCAACGAGAUGGCUCUGGAUACAGAGUAGACCGCAGGGGCAUUCAGGGCCUUAACCUCUUCACUUAUGGCCAAGGCAUGAUGUUCUGGACAACAGUUGAUGAUGCUGAAACCAAUAAAGUUUGGUACAGCAAGGCAGAACUUUUAGAAAACAGGUGGUUCCAAGUAGACCAGAAGAUUGUGGAUUUAAAAGUUUACAGUAAAUUUAGUCAACAGGACACAGAUGGAGUGCCUAAUUGA